UUACUAUCUGAGUUAAUCUAAAAGGAUUGCUGAGAUUACAGCUUAUAUAUAGCAGACGAUAGACUGGUGAGUUCCCAGUGGCUAUAAUUUCUGAAUUACUGAUUGUCCAUCAUCAUCACUCAUGCAUUCAAGGUGUUACAUUCUGUUUGCUAGGAAAGCAGGCUUACCUGUACCAAAAGUCAUCUGUUAUGGAGAGCAUGCUGAUAGCCCUCAUGCGCCGGUUUCAAUCCUAAUGACGCGUGUUUCUGGCAAGGAGUUAGGUCAAGUCUAUAAUACACUCAGCGACGAAGAGAAAGAGGCGGUAUUUCGACAGCUUGAUCACUAUUUGACCAAGAGCACAAUCUGCUCUAUAGUGGGAACGCCUAUUAGAAGUAUUCGGGUACCCAAUCACCUUGUGUGUCUAUUCAAGUCAGAGCAAGAAUUCAACGAUUAUUUAAUGGGACCGGCCUGGUCGGGCGGAUUCCCGUCCGAAUCGGCCUAUCGCGAAGCAAUAAAUCAAGCUAAAAAGAUGGAGCUACCACAUCGCGUUGUCUUUAAACACGGCGAUUUGCAACACCACAAUAUUAUAAUCUACAAAGAACGCAUCACAGGCUUUCUAGACUGGGAAUCAGCAGGCUGGUAUCCUAAAUAUUGGGAAUUCACAACAGCGUUAAGAUUCACGCCCGAGGACUUCUGGUGGUAUCACUUCGUGAUUGAGCUCGGUGGAAAGUCUUUCAUAUUGGAAUAA